GCGUGAAUGCGCGCAGUCGCGCGCCUGUCCCCGCGCGGGCUCCGUAGCGCGUGUGUAGGCUGACGCAGCUCGCGGGCCCUCCUCCUGCUCUGCAGCGGCGUCGGCGGAGUUUUGGGCGUUUGGGAGGGGGCGAGGGAGCUAGAGUCGGGAGAGGGAGGCGGCGGCGGCGGGGAGGAGGAGGAGGAGCAGGCGCCGCCAUGGCCGCCGCUAUCACCGACAUGGCCGACCUGGAGGAGCUCUCUCGCCUGAGCCCUCUGCCCCCCGGCAGCCCUGGCCCGGCGGCGCGGGGCCGGGCUGAGCCCCCCGAGGAGGAGGAGGAAGAAGAGGAGGAGGAAGAGGAGGCCGAGGCCGAGGCGGUGGCUGUGCUGCUGUUGAACGGCGGCGGCGGCGGUGGGGGCGGCGGCGGUGGCGGCGGAGUGGGGGGCGGCGAGGCGGAGACGAUGUCGGAGCCGAGCCCCGAGAGCGCCAGCCAGGCCGGGGAGGACGAGGACGAAGAAGAGGACGAGGAGGAGGAGGACGAGAGCAGCAGCAGCGGCGGGGGCGAGGAGGAGAGUAGCGCUGAGAGCCUGGUGGGCAGCAGCGGCGGGAGCAGCAGCGACGAGACGCGCUCGCUCAGCCCCGGCGCCGCCAGCAGCAGCAGCGGGGAUGGGGACGGCAAGGAGGGCCUGGAGGAACCCAAGGGACCGCGGGGCAGCCAGGGCGGCGGCGGGGGCGGCAGCAGUAGCAGCAGCGUCGUCUCUAGUGGCGGCGAUGAGGGCUACGGGACCGGGGGUGGCGGAAGCAGCGCGACCUCCGGGGGCCGGCGAGGCAGCUUGGAGAUGUCGUCGGAUGGGGAACCCCUGAGCCGCAUGGACUCGGAGGACAGCAUAAGCAGUACUAUAAUGGAUGUAGACAGCACAAUUUCCAGUGGGCGUUCAACUCCAGCAAUGAUGAAUGGACAAGGAAGCACUACUUCUUCAAGCAAAAAUAUUGCCUAUAAUUGUUGUUGGGACCAGUGCCAGGCUUGCUUCAACUCUAGUCCAGAUCUGGCAGAUCACAUCCGUUCCAUACAUGUAGAUGGUCAGCGAGGAGGGGUAUUUGUUUGCUUAUGGAAAGGUUGUAAAGUAUAUAACACUCCAUCAACCAGUCAGAGUUGGUUACAGAGGCAUAUGCUGACACACAGUGGAGACAAACCUUUUAAGUGUGUUGUUGGUGGCUGCAAUGCCAGCUUUGCUUCUCAGGGAGGGCUAGCUCGCCAUGUACCCACACACUUCAGUCAGCAGAACUCCUCAAAAGUUUCUAGCCAGCCAAAGGCCAAAGAAGAAUCUCCUUCUAAAGCUGGAAUGAACAAAAGGAGAAAAUUAAAGAACAAAAGACGACGUUCAUUACCACGACCACAUGAUUUCUUCGAUGCACAAACACUGGAUGCGAUAAGACAUCGAGCCAUAUGCUUUAACCUCUCAGCUCAUAUAGAAAGUUUAGGGAAGGGACACAGUGUUGUUUUUCAUAGUACUGUAAUAGCUAAGAGAAAAGAGGAUUCUGGAAAGAUAAAACUUUUGCUUCAUUGGAUGCCUGAAGACAUUCUGCCUGACGUGUGGGUGAAUGAAAGUGAACGACAUCAAUUAAAAACUAAAGUAGUUCAUUUAUCAAAGCUACCCAAAGAUACUGCCUUGCUUUUGGAUCCAAACAUAUACAGUGUGCUGUGCUUAUGAAGGUAUAGGGGGGGAAGGAGAAGAGACCAACAUUUCUGACUAUGUGCUGAGUCACUUUGCUAGGUGCUUUACAUACACUUCAUCCUCACAGCAGCCUGUGAAGUAGGUGUUACUAUCUCUGUUUUACAGAUUGGAAAACUGAGGCAAGAGUUUAAAUAGCUUGCCUAAGGUUACACAGAUAGGGUAUGACUGAACUCCACACUGCCUCCAUCCAAAUGAUGUAUACUAGGGUGAUUCAGAAAGUGGGGAAAAUGCUUAAAAGGCACUCUUUAUGAGCAGAUUUUUAUGUUUUAAAAAUCAGUUUCAACUUGAUAUGUAUUUUGCAUAGGAAUAGGUUGAAUAAGAAUAAGAUAGCAUAUAAUAAUUGAUAAUCCCAAGUAUGAAUUUUAGCUGUCAUAAAGAGACUCUGUCCCUAUGUCAAAUCCUGUAGCAGUUAAACAUUCUGAAGGUUCUGUUUAUUCUAUGACUCAACUUCCUGGAAUGUAAUUCAGUUUAAUAGGAUUUCUAUAAUUUAAGAUCUCUUCUGAGGGAAAUUCUCACAUAGUGAAUGGGACUUGCCUUGUGGAAACCCCAAGAUUCUUAAGUUUUCCCUAUUCCCCCCAAAUUAUUAUUUUUUAAGUUUAUUUAUUUUGAUUGGAGGGGGAGGGCAGAGAGAGGAAGAGAGAAUCCCAAGCAGGCUCUGCAUUGUCACCAUAGAACCCAACUUGGAGUCGAUCCAACGACUGUGAGAUCAUGACCUGAGCUGAAAUGAAAAGUUUGAUGCUUCCGACUGAGCUACCCAGGCACUCCAACCCCGCAAAUUGUUUUAAAGAUCUUCUAGUGCAGAUGCUAAUAAUAAGUACAAUAAAAACUUGUUUUCUGUGUGAUGGAACUGUGUUAUUGAGAAAUUAACUAGCAUAAAAAACGGUGAAAUUACCUUAGAGGAGAGAUUGAGGGAAAUCCACUAUCAGAAAUACGGGCAAGUCAUGAUUUACCUUUUUCUUUUUGAGAAAAAUAAUUGAAUAUUCUUUAUUUACUGGUACUUAAUUUAGGGUUUAUUUCUGCUUACUCUUUGAAGGGAGUAAUUAAAAUUAGCAUUUUAAAAGAGUGAUAUUUGGGGAGAGCCACCCUGCUAUUAGAACUGGUUGUAAACAUCCCUUAGGCAGAGAGUUGACAAAGGGGCAUGAAUCUUAAUUAUAAGAUUCAGACUAACUUUUGUGUUUCUGCCCUGCAUUCUACUUCUCCCUCUCUGAGGCUCUUCCUUUUUCACAGACAGCUUAUUUUUGCUAUUUUGUGUAUAUAGGAAGCAAUUUAGAUAUUAGCGAAAGUAACUUAAAAAAAAAAAAAACCAUUUGGGUGCAGAACUAUUGUCCAAAAGAGCAUAGGAAUUGCAUUGUAUGUUCUGAAAAGUGUUAAGUCUGCAAUUCUAAAUUGAUGUCACUCUUGGGUAAUGAAGGUGUUCUUAAGACAUAUUAAAUGCAUCUGUAGAGUUAAUUUUCUUUAACUGUAUUACUGCCCCCUGCCCCGGUCUUAACAUUUAAUUUUGACUCUAAAUUUUCAUGAUUCUGCUAUUCCGGAAUUAGAAUGGAGUCUUUCCUAAAGUGGUACAGAUUAAUAGAACUGGCUACAUUUGCUGUGGUGUAACAUGUGAGUGAGGUCUGGAUUUUGAUUUGGAGAACUUGUGAAAUUAAGUAAAAAGAAUAAAGUGAUUAUUCAAACUUGUUUUAGGAGAAAUAUUUUGUGGCUUAUACACAUCUCAAAAUGAAAGCAUGACAAACCUAAAAAUAUAUUAACUUCAAAAUGAAACUAAAAAGAACAUAUUUAUUCAAGGUUUAAACAUCAGUUUUAAAGUCCUAGUUGGCUAACAUGCAUGUGUUAGGCAUGAUUUCUUUUUUAGAAUCACAUUAGCCUACAUAAAAAGGAUUUAUUAAAAAGCUAUAUUAUAUAACUGAAAUUUGCAUCCAUUAAUCUAUGAAUGCUUUGGAAAUAAAUUUUAAUGAUCAGUGAUUAUCACACUGCCUAUAUCUUAUUAAUGUUUUUAAUGUCUCUUUUGAAAUACUUAAUGUGUUUUUGAUUCAGUCCAAUAAAAGAAUAUUCCUUUUUCUCUCUUUCUAGAACAAUGCCGCAGAAGAGGUUGAAGAGGUAAAAAAUAAAUAAAUACAUAAAAAGCAAACAAGCGGGGACACCUGCAGUCUUAGUCACUGACAAUGGGUUUAGUAAAAGUUGCACAUUAGAGUCAUAACCCCCUUCCUUUUUUUUUUUUCUUAAAUCCGGUAUUUAGAAUAAUAUUUAUGCUUAGUGUAAACAUUCUGUGAAUGAAGUAGGCUCUUCUGUGGAAUAUAUUAAUAUAUUACUGUAUAUCCACAUUUUCAUGGAAUGGUACUGUGGGAGACUGAGCAAACACUCUUCUGGCAACUUAGUGGAACAGCUUCUUAAAGGCUUUGCAUGCUUGCUGCUUUAAGCUGCUUUUUUUUCCCCCUUUAGCAAUUACAGUAGUUUAUAUUGGAAAGAAAAACAAUUACAACAUGUGCCCUUAAAAUACCAAAAGCACUGUAAGGAUAUUUGUCUUGACAGUGUCUGUUGAGUUGAAGUCAUAUUAGGAAAUAUUUAGACAAUGAAAAUUAUCAAGAGAUAAUUAUGAUAAAUAGAUGUGAUUGGUUGCCAUUUGUGUUCUUUUGCAGAACUCUGAUAAGAAAAGUGUUCAAUUUGUAUUUAAGCAAACAGUGAACGACAUUUGCAAUCAACUAAAAAUUCGUCUAUCGAAUUAGGGCUGAAAAUUUCUGUUAAAGAGUGUUGCAGUAUGUCUGGUGGCUCCCUUUUCAGGACUAGGGUUUUCUCAUGGAGUACAGUAUGUUAAUAUUUACCUAUAUAACUAAUCUGUUAACGGUUUUUGAAAAACCUCUAUUUCAAAUUAUUUGAAUAAUCCUCAUAUUUUCAUUUUAACCUAUAUAAGCCUCUAAUUUUUUUCUGAGGAAAGCAUUUGGUUUAUGAGCUGUUUUAUCUUAACAUAAGAAAAAUUGUAUUUUUUUUUUUUUUUUUUUUUUAAGUAUCUUCAAACUGAAUCCUUUAUGCACCAAAGUUGGUUUUGAAAAGGAAAAUAAAAUCACUUUCUUGCUUGGUAAGCAAGAAGCCAUAUGGAUUUUUUUUAACUUACAGAAAUGGAAAUAUGUGUAACUUGUUAGUAUUGUAUCAAACAAAUGUUGCAUAGAGAUAAUAGAACAUUGCUUGUAAAUAAUUCAGCAGAUUUGUAAUAUAUUUUUAUAUUAUGAAAUGUACUGUAGAUGUUUUUCUAGAGGCAUGAAAGUUAAAUGUAUAUAUUAUGGGUAGAAAUAAUAUUGAAGGAUAUUGUAAUUCACUAGUGCUGCCAGAGGAAUUGUUAAUAAAGCACCUUCUUUAACAAUAAAUGUCUUUGCAGACUUAAGGGACUAUGUACUACUGUUAAUAUCUAUAAGAACAAAACACAUUGAACAUCCUUCCAGAAAGUCUUUGAGGGAGGACCUGUACCCAUAAUAGAAUUAUGGCACUCAUUUCUGACAGUGACCGUGAAAUCAAUUAUUUCCUUACUGUUGGAAGGACAUAUUGUAAAGUAUAUGUGGUUAUAUGCAGUCAAACUGCAGAAAAAUACUCCUGAUUGAGGAGUUUUCACUUUACUACAGUGAUAUAAAAACCAGCAGUUUUUACACUAAAUUUUUUAAAGAAAAGAAUAGACAAAAAUAUAGAAUUAAGCCUUUGGUUCCAAAAUGGGAAAGGUUCCAUGAUACAUAAAUCAUUUCUCAUUUACUUUAAAAAAAUUUUUAAAAUAAUAAAAAUUAUGGGAGACUUUAUUCGUUAACAGUGGGGUAAAGAGCUAUCUAUAUACAUGAAAUGAGUCAUAUAAAAUUAAAUGAAGUGCAAAUAAAAGCACUGCUACUAUAAGACAUUCUGGAAUGGUUGUUUAAUAAGGGUAUUAUCCAUUUGAUCUGUAGCAAAUGUGAUUUAUUUUUUAAAAAGAAAAGGAAAGCAGUGUGUUUUACUUUUUUUGUUUUCUUUUGCUUAAGCACUUCAUCAAUUGCUUUAUUCUGUAUCUACGAAGUAAUCUGCGAUCUCCUUUGUUCUUUUAAAAUUUUGAUUUGUUAUAAAAUUGCCAAAUAGAAGUGUUUCAGAUAUAUAGUUUGUACCUGUAUUUUUUAUUUUAUUGCCUCAUGUUCUUGUAAGUCAUUCUUAAUUGACCGAUGAUUGUAGACCUUGCCUGAGUAUUUUUUCUAAUAAAACAAAGCAAAUCACAUUUA